UCUCUCUCUCUCUCUCUCUCUCUCUCUCUCUAUCUGUGCCUUCAGCUCUCUCGCCCUGCCAGCCUCUCCUGUCUCUCCACAGCAUUAGCAGAAGUCACAACGACAAAAUGAAUCUCGCGAAAAGACUGAUCGGAGGCAUCAUUGAUGUUGUAAGCAACAUCGAUCCGGCUCAGUUUGUGCCAUCAUCACCUCCUCCUCAACGCAGACCUCUAAACUUCGCUGAGGCUCACGAGAAUGAUGAGGAGAAACAGUUUCGGAGAGUUUUCCAACAGCUGGCUGGAGAGGACAUGGAGGUGAGCCCCAAAGAGCUGAUGGACAUCCUCAACAGAAUCAUCGGCAAACACGGAGGCCUGAAGACUGACGGUUUCAGCAUUGAGUCCUGCAGAAGCAUGGUUGCUGUAAUGGAUAGUGACAGCACAGGGAAACUGGGCUUCCACGAGUUCAAAUACAUGUGGAACAACAUCAAGAAAUGGCAGAGUAUCUACUUAAAAUAUGAUACUGAUGGUUCAGGUACCAUCAGCUCUGAUGAGCUGCCCAAAGCCUUUACAGCUGCAGGUUUCCCUCUGAAUGAGCAGCUCUUUACGUUGAUUGUACGUCGCUAUAGCGAUGAGCAUGGCAGCAUGGACUUUGACAAUUUCAUCGGCUGCCUGGUACGGCUGGACGCCAUGUGCAGAGCCUUUAAGACUCUGGAUAAGGACAACAGCGGCUGCAUCGAACUGGAUAUUAAGGAGUGGCUUCAGCUGACCAUGUACUCUUAAGGCGACGGAGAGAAGCUGCUCCACAAAACAUUACUUUAUCUCAUCCCGACCCCCUCCCAAUCCUCUCACUACACGUGUAUGUGUGUGUGCGCGCUUGCUUGUGCAAUAGUACCCCGCUGUCUCCAUGGGACCAAAGUGUCAGCAUAGAGCUCAAGUCAAGAAAAAAACCAAAGUGGGACCAAAGUGGAGCUGAGGCUGACUGUUGCACCGUCCUCCUGCUAGCCUCCCAUCGUUACAGUUUUCUAUGUAUUGUGUUUUACAGCCAAUUAUAGACGAUUAUUGUUUUUGAACGGCAACUCAAUAAAGUGAAACAACUGACAUUCAA